CGCCAAUCACUGCCUCUCUUCCUUGCACCACCAAGAGCCCUUAAUAGAAGGCAAACCGUGAAGAACCACCAACAGCAGCAACACGGCUCUGUGAUUGCACAGUCGCGAGCCACCACUGCCCAGCUCAGCCCUCAAUCUGUGAAUAAUGAUCAAAUUUCUCCAACACAAAACAGAGCAAAAGUUGGUCAAAGAAAAAUAAAGAAAGAGAGAAGAAAAAAGAAAUAGAAAGAAAGAAUAAGCCAAGUUCGAAAAGUGGGCGAAAAUGGACCUUCAGCCACCACGACCUAACCCAAGCGAGCCUAACAAGCAGUCUCGGUCUCAGCAGCAACCAGCUCUUCACCAGAGCGAUGCGGACGAUGACGACGAGAAUGUGAAGCAGCUCAACGAGUGUUCUUCUCUCUAUUUGUCCCUUCAGGAAUGUCUUAAUAAUACUAACAGGAAUUGGAAAUCUUGCCAGAUGGAAGUUCAAGCUUUGAGGGCGUGCAAUGAAAGAAGGAAAAAAUGACUGAGUGAAAUGAGGAUUUUGCCUUGCUGGGGCUAAACUCUGCAAAUCAACAUCCUGACUCUGUAUUUGGAGUUUUUGGUUUUCGGUAGUUGAUUGAACAUAACUAACUACCUCUCAUGUUCUGUAACUUUUGAGUUUUUGUUGAUGAUUCUUCAGCAAUUUCACCAGGUGAUAUAUUGCUCUAAAUGCCCAAGUUUUUUUCCUCACAGUUAUGGCGGUCUGUUAGAAAUGUAAUUUCAUUCAAAAGGAAAUUUAUGGGGAAAUGAAUAAAGAAUGGUUCAUCUUUGAAAUA